AAAUUUAGUAUUUGGCGGGAUAUUAUCCUUUAAAUAGACUGGACUAGAUAUGCCUUGCGCACACCACCUUACGACUUUAUAGACGAAUCUAUGUCUGAAUUAUUUUCUUGCUAGAAAUUUAUGCUCGAUCGAGCUUCUUCCGCCAGACGAUUUUACCUGGUGAUGUCAUAACCCGGAAGUACAAUGCCCGAGGUUCACUUGUCUUCACUCGCCUGGAUGUGAUAUUCCCAGCGCAGAGCUUUCGUCCCAUGGUUGUGCCGUAAACCGCAAAGACGAUGAUUUUUGUUAUCCUCUGAAGUCAGCUCAGGGAUGCAAUCACCUACCACCAUAGGGAGCCAACACGGAAUCAACGUAUUCACGGUUUAAAGGGACUGUAUUUUGAAUUUAGAAGCUGCGUUUUGUUUGUGCUACUUAAAGUUCACAAUUGAAUUAAAGAACUGUGUCACGUCAGAUUAGAAUGGAAUUUAAGAACUUUUGUAUCUAGAGAUACUGAACUUUCUUUUUUUUUUCUUUCUUAUAAUCAGUUUUUUUUUCUUUUCAUAUCUAUUCAUUGUUGAUAAUCAUCUUUUGUAAAUAAAUUUGUAAAUAUUGUAAAGGGUGUUGAUUUGUUCUGAUGGUUACUGUCGCCGGUACGGCCUUUCCUGUCACAAUGGUGUCAGAAGUGGGAUUGGUCGACCAGACACAGUAGCUAUUCGAACAUUAUUAACACCCAUUUAACUGCAGCAAUAAUUUGUAAAGAUUCCUCUUGUUUUGUUCUAUUGUUACACAUAUAAUAGUUUUAUUCAUUUUUCAGAGUGACGGCUUACCUCAGACAAGACAAGACAGAUCCGUAACUUCAGCUAACCAGCUUUAGUGGUCACAGACUGAUAGACAGUUGCUUACGACACUUGGAUUCUGGGGUGAGUUCGUUCCUUUUAUUUUUCUUUUGGGUUUAUUUUGUGUCACUCUAUGAUUAAGCCACCAUAUAUCUGUGCUGAGAGUGAUCGCCCUUGACAAGGAGAGUUAUCCUACUCACUCAUAAUUGUGCGUCGCCCUACUUCUCCCAGUGAUCUUAUUUUGUAUUAGUGUACUGUAUACAUACCAGAUACAGUAUUUUUUUUUAAUUUGUGUGUGUUAGCAAGCUUGUUUACUUGCAUAUACUUUUAACCUACUCUUAUGUUUUAGUGCUACACUGUUGUGUUAUACCUAUACUUUAUCUUAGGAUAAAGCACGUUGAUUUAUUUUUGUUUAUUUGUUACACUAAAGUGUUAACACCAGUUACAGUUGAUUGAUAUUUGAUAAGGCUAGGGUAUUGUUACAGCCUACUGUCACUGUACUUUGUUGAUUGUUGCCUAUGCAACCUUGAUUGACACAUAGUACUGUUGCGCAACUUAGUGUAUUAUUAUUUUAGUGAGGACGUUUGGUGUAGUAUAUACGUAGAGUAUAGUAUUUUGUUUUGGCUCCAGUGGUAACUGUAGAGCUUUAGUGUAAACUAGUGUAGUCUAGUAUUCCCUCACGAUUGUUUAUUUAGUGUCUCAGGUUGUUAUAGUAGCUGUAGUGCGUAGUGUUAUAUAGUGUUAACGUAGUGUAAUCAUGACUAGUGUAGUAGAGUUAACGAAGGUAGGAAAGGAGUUAGGUUAUGAAGGAGAGGAGUUACGUAACUUUGUUAAGGAAGAGCAGGCUAGGGAACGUGAUGAAAGACAUAGUAGAUUAGAAGCAGAGAAAGAUAGAUUAGAGUUAGAAGCUAGAUUGCAGAAGGAAAAGAUAGAGUAUGAACGUAAGUUAGAAUUAGAUAAGUUAGAAUACGGACGUAAGUUAGAACAGGAUAAGUUAGAAAUGGAAAAGGAGAAGUUAGUGUUAGCUAGGAAGUUAGAAACAGAGAAGGAGGAAGCAGAAAGUAGGAAAUUAGAAACAGAGCAUAAGUUUAAGACAGACUUAGAAAAGAUGAGUAAGAAAAAGGUAAAGGUUAAGAUGACUCCCUUUGAUGAGAAAAUUGAUUCCAUGGAUGCGUACUUGAAUGUGUACGAAACGUACGCUGUUGCGCAGGAUUGGGAUAAAGAGAUAUGGUCACUUAACUUACCGUUCCUUCUAAAGGGUACGGCAAGAGAGGUUUUUGAUAGGCUUCCGUUGGAAGAUAGGAAGGAUUAUGAUAAACUGAAAGCCGCUUUGCUACGUCAGUUCGAACUCACUGACGAUGGCUAUAAGAAAAAGUUUAGAACUGAGAGGCCUCGUGAUAAUGAGACCUUUGUGAUGUUUCUAGCCAGAAUAAGUAGAUAUUUAGAUGGUUGGCUUAGACUGAGUAAGGUAGAUAAAACGUACGAAGGAUUGUUAGAUUUUAUUCUUAGGGACCAAUUUUUAGAUGUAUGUAAUAGAGAACUAUACCAGAAUUUGAGUAGUAAGAGGUUAGUUAAAGCUAAGGAUGUAGCAGAAGAUGCAGAUUUGUUUGCAAAGACUCGAGGAGGUCCCAAGUAUGUCGUGAAUCGAACCAAUAAGGACCGGAGCUAUAAACCAUAUGAAAUACCUCAGAGACACUAUCCUAGUAGUCGUAAUGUAGGCACUAGUAAUAGAGGUAGUAGCAAUGUUGCUAAUAGAGGUAGAAGUUUUCAACCCUUUGGUGUACUAAAGUGUAAUAAGUGUGGUCGAAUAGGGCAUAGCUCAUAUUACUGUAGGAGUGGAAAGUACGGCGGUAAUAGUGCCAAUGCAGCAGCAGAGUUAGAGGUAGAGCAGGAAAGUAGUAAAGGGGGGAAUAGAAAUAGUAAGGAAAGUAGAAAUAGAGGUAGAGGCCGUGACCGAUCUAGGAGUAGAGGUAGAGGAAGAAAUAGAGAUAGAGAUAGGAGUAAGUCAAGUAGGUCAGAGAGUGGAAAUAGCAUUAUAGAACUAAGUGAUGUUGAGGAGUUAGGUAUGCUUAGUGUAAGUACAUGUCCUACAAAACCCGGUACUUGUAAUGGUAGGGAUGUAAUCGCUAUGCGGGAUACAGGUUGUACAUGUGUGAUAGUGAAACGGAACUUAGUAGAAGCAAGUCAGUUUUUAGAGAAAACCCGUAGAUGUAAGUACAUAGAUGGGAGUGAACAUAGGCUAGAUGUAGCUAGAAUAGAUAUUGAUUGUCCGUAUUUCAAGGGUACAGUAGAGGCGUUGGUUGUAGAUAAUCCUACCAAUGAUGUUAUAAUUGGUAAUGUAGAGGGAGCUGUAGAACCUCAGUUUAGUAGUUUAGCGUCAGCAGUAGAAACUAGGGCGCAAGCCAAAGUUAAGAAGCAAGUAAAGCUUAAAGUUCCGUCUCAGAUUUUAGAUGUAUCUAGAGAGGAGUUCUUAGAAAAGCAACAGAAAGAUAGCACUUUAGAUUUGUGUAGAAAGAAGGCUGAGGAAGGUACGAUUAAGCAGUGUAGAGGUAAAGGUUCAGUUAGGUUUGAGAUAAAGAAUAGAUUGUUAUAUAGAGAGUAUACCGCCCAGAAUUUAGACAAAAGUAGACAGCUGAUUGUACCUAAAUGUCUUAGAGAAACUGUAAUGAAAGUUGCACAUGAUUCAUUACUGUCAGGCCAUUUAGGUAUAAGGAAAACUAGUGAUAGGGUAUUAGGCGAAUUUUACUGGCCAGGAGUAAUGGCAGAGGUUAGGAGGUACUGUCAGUCAUGUAGUAUUUGUCAACGUACUAUAGCUAAGGGUAGAGUAAGUAAAGUUCCGUUAGGAAAAAUGCCUUUGAUUGAUACUCCGUUUAAGAGAGUUGCCGUCGAUAUCGUUGGUCCGAUCGAACCUAUGACUGAUAGGAAAAACAGGUAUAUUUUGACUAUGGUAGAUUAUGCUACUAGAUAUCCAGAAGCUAUAGCACUACCUAGUAUUGAAACUGAGAGAGUAGCAGAGGCAUUAGUAGAUAUGUAUAGUAGAUUAGGAGUGCCAGAGGAAAUGCUUACCGAUUGUGGAUCGCAGUUUACGUCAGAACUUAUGGCAGAAGUUAGUAGGUUAUUGUCAUUAAGGCAGUUAACUACAACACCGUAUCACCCUAUGUGUAACGGUUUAGUAGAGAAGUUUAACGGUAGUUUGAAGCAAAUGUUGAAAGCGUAUGUGUAGUGAGAGACCUAGAGAUUGGGAUAGGUAUUUGAAUGCUAUGUUGUUUGCUUACCGUGAAGUUCCGCAAGAAAGUUUGGGAUUUUCUCCCUUUGAGUUACUUUACGGUAGAACAAUCCGUGGACCGAUAACUGUGCUAAGAGAGUUAUGGGCUGGUAAGAUGGAGAAUGAUGAGGUUAAAACCACUUAC